GUCAGCGUUUUUCAAGAGCAUUUUAAACAUUUCUUUUUCACGGUGGACGUUUUCGUCUGUUUUGGAGAGGGUUACAAACCCACUUGGCUCUUGGGAACUUACCUAGGCAGCAUUGGUUGCGGCCGUUGCUUCCGUCAGGAUGCCCUUUUGGAGUAGGAACAAGAAGAGGAGAGCGAGGACGCCUCCUCCUAACCUGCAAACGCCGCCUGGACAGCACCACUCUCCUUCCGCACUGUCCUUCUUUGGCUUUAGAAAGCGGAGUCCUUCGCCGUUUACCGCACUCCGUUCUCGUGAUUCUCCCUCGUCUCCAGAGUCUGGUGGACAUGGAGGCAGUGCCAGAGAUCUACCCUACCACCCACACCACUACAGCGAGGGAUUCCUUUCUCCACCAGACCGGCGCUUUAACUUUGAAUUAGAAUAUGAUAGAGCGGCCGCCGAAGCUGCUUCUGACAAGCGUGCUCCUCGGGUACCCUCAAAGGCCCAUGAGAGCGUGUCAAACAAGCCGGCAACGACACCGGUCGUCGUUGUCACGUCAACAGGACCGUCGUGCGUAAUACAGUGCGAUCGUCACAAGACUGUGCAGUGGGCGUUAGAGAAGGCUAGUACAUUGCUUCCAAAGGACCACUCGGAGUUGGUGGAGGCUAGAGGACCUGAUGGGAAGAAGGCUCUGGGAAGCGAGAGAGUUUUGGAUUUUUGUGGAGUCAAUAAAAUUCUCGUAGUUACAGUGGCGACUCCCGAAUUCAAUCGACGUGCUAGUGUAGACUCGCCUGGUGGAUAUAUAAGCGCCCGGGACGGUCGCGAAGCUUUUGAUUUUGAAGAUUUGCGACGCAGCUCAAAAUUGGAUCGAGAGGAGCGUCAUUCGAGACGGCUUGCCUUGGUCGGAUCGAAGGGCCGUCGGGAUGCGGACGUCUCUUCGCGAACCCUUUUACCAGAGUCGCGCGAACAAAGUUUCGAUGCUGGCAUCGAGGCUGACAUUCUUGCAGGCCAUCCUUCGCGUAUGCCCAGACCUGUCAGUCCCAGGUUCGAUCGUGCUGCUACCCCCUCUCCUCUACCGUUUGAAGGACGUCGCUCAAGUAGGGACGAACGUGCAAGCCGGCCUAGUCGUGAUGACUAUGCUGAAAGGCGCGGCAGCAGAAAUAGCAGGGAGGAAAGGUCAAGUAGAGAUAGUCAAGAUGACCGAGCAAGUCGCACUAGUCGAGAUGAGAGCAGAAGCAGUCGCGAGUUUGGUCGAGCGCGUUCUCCUGUUCGGUCAUCCUCUCGUCUUUCGGGACUUGACAGUGUCAUGGAGGACUUGGCGAAAAUGGCUGAUCAUGAAGGGGGUUGGGUUUCUGCUGUGAGCCCAAAUCAACGUAUCAGCCAUGGAGAUCCUUCUUCAGGUCGUGCUGGUCGUGUAUUAGAGGACCAGAAAAUGGUGCAUGAAGCCGAGAGCUACUCCUCUCUGGCUGCACCAGCUGCCGAGGUAAGCGGCUCACAGCGAUCCCAAUCCCCGCUCCCGAGGCUCCUUACGCAGCCGUUGCGAAGAUCUCCAUCUGAGUCAUCAUCUUUGCUUGCGCAGGAGAGCCCUGUCUCUAGGAAUCCGCUGAAUCGGCACGACGUUGAUCGACGCUUGACGGAGAUUUUGACCUCUGUUGGAAUGGAGAUCGAUGAUGCCCUGAACGAAUUAUCCCUUGGAGAUGAACGCACAGACUCAGAACCACCCUCCCCACCGCCAACAUCUCCCGUUGAUGAGCUUCCGGACUUUGAUGAUGUGUCGGAUGAUAGCUCGUCGCGACGCUCUGUUCGAAAAUCCCGCCGCUUGACGCGAAUAUCGCGUGCAUCGGCUCUCGAUAUUUUUGCAGCGUUAGAGCAACAAGCGAAGGAAGAGCCUACACCGGACCUAGAUACUCCCAUGCUUGCCCUACCGGUUUCCGAUACCGCUUCCCGGAGAGUGAGUCGCAUUUCGCGAGCUUCCGCGCUUGACAUGUUCUCCAGUAUGCGCAGCUCGAGCAGGUCAGAUGAUGGGGAAGACGAAGGAUAUGAACAAGUGGAACGAGAAGAACUAAUAGAUGCGGAACCUCGCUUGUCUUCCGUUGAUGUACCUAAUCCUACACCAGCACCAGCUCCGCCACCUCCUCCAUCUGAUAGUGUUGUUCCGUCUGCAUUGGUUACAACAGCCCCAGCUGCCCCAACGCUGCCAGUGACGAGUACGGAGGCAAAAGCGGGGCCACCUCCACCACCACCGCUCCCACCGGUGAUGGUUUUCGAAGAGUCAGCAAUUCCUCCUCCACCUCCACCUCCACCUGUGAUGACUUUUGAACCCUCCGCGAUCCCGCCGCCGCCGCCCCCACCACCUGUCAUGGUUUUUGAAGACUCUUCAAUACCGCCCCCACCACCACCACCACCUGUCAUGGUGUUUGAAAACUCGCCAAUUCCGCCCCCUCCUCCACCACCUCCGCCCAUGAUAUUUGAGAAUGCCGGCAGCAUACCUCCACCGCCGCCGCCUCCACCGCCCCCUCCUCCAGCUCUUGGGAUCCCUCCGCCACCUCCUCCUCCACCUCCACCUCCCGGUGCAGGCCCCCCACCACCACCCCCGCCCCCUCCACCAGGCGGUGGGCCACCACCUCCACCACCGCCGCCAUCAACAGCUGCGCCCGCAUCCGCAGGAGACCUUCAAUCUGCAUUUUUGGCAGAGCUGCGAGAUCCUAAUAGAAGAAAAAAGCUUCGGAAGGUCAAAGUACCAGAGAGACCUCCUCCAUCGGAAGCGGACAAAGCAGCGCAGGAGGCAAAGCAGAAGGAAGCGGAGAAGGGUAAUGACGAAGCGGAGCGGCAGGAGCUGUAUAUUGAGCUUCUAGGCUACAUGGAAGCACCGAAUGGGAAUAUUGAGGAGCUCUCAGACAAAGCAAAGACUCAAACGAAUUUAGUGCGAAGCUUUGUGUUCACUUUAAUCCGCAAGGGAUGGGUCCGUGGGUAUCGGGUCACUGACAAUCUGCCAGAGGAAAAGGAGACCAAGGGCCCCAAAGGGAAGUCCAAAGGUCGCGCGCCAUUGAAGGUGUGGCUGGGACGAGAGGGCAUGAUGUGCAUCGAGCUGGAAGAUUUAACGGGCGAAGAGCUGGUUGCCAAAGUUGGUGGCGAGAAAGCAGACCCACUUUCUAUGCCAAAUGAUGAUGGAAAUGUGGUCAAACGCAAAGGCGAAGUGGCCCGUGUAUACAUGUAUCGAUUUGACGAGAAGUCAAAGCAACACGUCUUGGAUGAAGUCGCGCUGGUCGCCACAGGAUCGUUCCCCAAAAAAACCAAGCGCUUUGAUGACCCCGAACCACCCCAGGACUCGAGCUUGCAUAAUAGACGGAAAUGGGAAGCGUGGAAUGAAAAGAAACUUCAGUACCUGCAGAGUGACUGGCCGCAAUUUGAGUUGAUUUUCAACAAACUGAUGGCUACAUCGUCUAUUGUACAGUCCAUUCACCAUCAGCUCCAUCAAACACUUGCUGAAAUGCGGGCUAUGGGUGAAGCCAUGCAUGACACAUUUGCAGCGUUCCCUGUGACGCAAGUGCGCCGAAUCGUAGAGUCCAUACCGGGGCGGAUCAAGGAAGUUGCAAAGAAGCUUCAGAAGCAGACUGGCAUCAUCAUUCGCGAUGAGUCUUUGAAGUUGACUCCGGAAUUCCUGCGCUUGAUGAAUUUGGCACCUGAUGGUACUGAUAAGCAAGACACGGCGACUGGUCCUGGCAUUGGCGGGGCUCCGAUAUCCGAAACGCCAUCUAACCCAAUGGCGCGACCUGCCACCUUAGUUCAUUCCCAGACUGCCCCGUCCUUGUCCACUGCGGCUGAACCAAACGCGACAGGUGAACAGUCGGGGAGUGCGAAUAUGCUCAAUCCAAAGGGCAUGAUUACGAUGGCGGGACUUCCCUUUGACGUCCUUCUCCCGUUGUUGAAGAAGUCCUUCAACAAGCAGGAGAUUGGCGAUGACAGGUUGUCGAGGCGUUUGACGCUAUAACCCUAUUUCGUGUGUGCUUUAUCUGUGAGGUUUAUUAGAUGGAACGUUUUUUGGGCUCUAGAACUGCAAUUGCUAUUGCCACAUAGACUUUUUUCUUUUUGUUACAUACUAUUGUUUCAUCAUUUUUAAAUAAUACUGUGCUAAUCGGGGUGUUUCGUACUUUCGAACCUUCUUCUUCAAGCACCC